AGGUUUUACCAGUGUCAUGUGUGUUAGGGUAAUUUCAUGUUUAGGUUUUGGGGAUUGAAACCGGGUCUCGGUGGUUCAGUACGAUGCUAUGUUAGGGUUCUUUUUUUUUAAAUUGAAAUUUUUUGGAAGAUAAAAACUUGAAACGGGAAUUUUUGCCUAAGUGUUACUGACGUCUGGUUAAAAACAUUGAAGUCAUGUUCAAAACAGUUGGUUUGAAGUUCAGCAGGAGAAGUCCUGUGAAUUGCAUGGGAUAUCAAAAUUAUUGGCAUAGUGUGGCAGUUCGGAAACGAUCGUCGACUCCUUUAAAUACAAUUAUUAUGUUUGUUCCACAACAAGAGGCAUGGGUCGUUGAGAGAAUGGGAAAAUUUCAUCGCAUUCUCGAGCCUGGUCUCAAUCUUUUAGUGCCAAUUAUCGAUUCAGUGAAAUACGUUCAAAGUUUAAAGGAAAUGGCUAUUGAUAUACCUAAGCAAACUGCGAUCACCUCAGACAAUGUGACCCUAAAUAUCGAUGGGGUUUUAUAUUUGAGGAUAUUAGAUCCAUACUUUGCAAGUUAUGGAGUUGAAGACCCAGAAUUUGCUAUUACCCAACUUGCACAAACGACAAUGAGGUCCGAAUUAGGGAAAAUAUCUUUAGACAACGUAUUUAGAGAAAGAGAAAACCUGAACGUUGGAAUAGUAGAAUCGAUAAACAAAGCGAGUGAAGCCUGGGGAAUUACAUGUUUGAGAUACGAAAUAAGGGACAUCAAGUUACCGGUAAGGGUUCAGGAGGCAAUGCAAAUGCAAGUUGAAGCGGAAAGGAAGAAAAGAGCUGCAAUUUUAGAAUCAGAGGGAAUACGAGAAGCAGACAUAAAUGUUGCCGAAGGAAAAAGAGCAUCACGAAUUUUGGCAUCAGAGGCUGAAAAACAGGAACGAAUUAACAAAGCACAUGGUGAAGCUCAAGCUAUGCUUGCGUUAGCAGAUGCAAGAGCAAGAGGGCUUCUAAUCGUUGCAAAAGCGCUGUCAAAUAAGGAUGGCCAUGAUGCAGCAUCUUUAAAAAUCGCUGAACAAUAUAUUGAAGCGUUUAAUAAAUUGGCUAGAACUAGUAACACGUUGAUACUUCCUAGCAAUGUUGGUGAUGUUCCUUCAGCUGUUACACAGGCCCUUACUGUUUUCAAUGCACUUACAAAAAGAAACAACCAUGGUUUACAAGAACAAAAAGAAUUAAUAAGUGAAGAGGACAUAGAUGGAGAAUACUUCAGUGAUAAAGAUGAUGAUAACUAUUCAUUAAAAAAGAUUGACUAACUUAAUUUCAUCGUUGUGUUGAUAAUUUUUGUUACCAUUCAAUAAAGUCUUAAUUUGUA